CCCAAAAAAGUUUUAAUACAAAAAAAUUUAAAAAUAAACACGGAAUUAAUCACAGCUAAGAAUGCAAAGAAAAAGAAGAACAGGAACGGAAGAAGCAAAAGGAUUUGUUAACUCAUCUACGAGCGUUACCUAAAUAAAGAAAUAAAUUCCGUCUUCUAGAUUGAUUUUUUUUUUUUUUUUAUAUUUUCAUAUCCUCUAAAAAUAUGGCCUCGUUUACCAAACAUCCAAAACACAACGCCUCCAAAAAUCCAGAAUAAACUGACUUCUCGCUGUAACUUCCCAUGGACUUCUUCUUCUACUUUUAGAUCUCGAAACCCUACUUUCUUUUCUUAUUUUCUAAUCUUUCUUCUUCUUCUUCUUAUUCUCCAGAAUUUCUAUACAUUUCUUUCAAGAUUCUCUCUCUCUCUCGCAUUCUGACAACAGCUAUUUCGCUACUAACCGCAGCUUCAUUUUGUUUUCGUUUUCCUUUUUAAGCCAUUUGGUUAAGUUUUUUUUUUUUUUUUGUUUCUCUCCCCCUAAUCGUACUCUGUUUCUCUCUCACUUGGCUGAUUAAACGAAGAACUGGAAUCGCUUGUUCUCUGUUCUUCAUAUCUUGUGUUUUUUCGCCUUUGGAAUCAGUUAUUGCUGGUUCCCAUCCAGUUUGAGUACUGAUUCUGCCUGCAUUUCCUAUUCUAGAUUGUCGAAGGAGUUUCUGUUUGUUUAGGUUUUGUUUUCAGUGGUGGAUAUUGGAGGAGUAGCUGUGAGAUGGUAAAGAAUUGUUAAAGAAUAUAAGAACAGGAGUAAAUGGACGACAGAGGAGGCUCGUUUGUCGCUGUCAGGAGGAUCUCUCAAGGUCUCGAGCGUGGCAGCAACACCUGCCAUUCAACCUCUGCUGAGGUUGUGGCAGGAUCAGCAGCAUGGCUUGGCCGUGGUCUUUCUUGCGUGUGUGCACAGAGAAGAGAGAGUGAUGCUCGUCCUUCAUUUGAUUUAACCCUUACUCAGGAGGAAUGCUUGCAGCGGUUACAAAGUCGUAUAGAUGUUGCCUAUGAUAGUUCAAUCCCUGAGCAUCAGGAAGCUUUAAGGGCUUUAUGGAAUGCGGCCUUUCCUGAAGAAGAACUUCAUGGUCUGAUAUCUGAGCAGUGGAAAGAAAUGGGCUGGCAAGGAAAGGAUCCAUCAACAGACUUUAGGGGUGGUGGUUUUAUAUCGUUGGAGAACUUGUUGUUCUUUGCUAAAAAUUUUCCGACGUCUUUCCAGGAUCUUCUUCAAAAGCGAGAAGGUGAUCGGUCAGUGUGGGAAUACCCAUUUGCUGUAGCUGGUGUGAACAUUACAUUUAUGCUCAUUCAGAUGCUUGAUCUUGAAGCAGUCAAGCCACGAACAAUGGUGGGAGCAGUUUUCUUGAAGUUCCUAACAGAGAAUGAAUCAGCAUUUGACCUUCUCUAUUGCAUUACGUUCAAGCUAAUGGAUCAUCAAUGGCUGAACAUGCAUGCAUCAUACAUGGACUUCAACACUGUUAUGAAAUCCACGCGUCGUCAACUUGAAAGGGAGCUUCUGCUGGAGGACAUAACACGGCUAGAAGACUUGCCCUCUUACGGCCUUCUUACACGAUAGUUUAGCAGUUUGAGAGUUAACUGUUGUAACAAACAAGAUUUGUGCCAGGCAGCAGGCACAUUCUCUUCUUUUCUUUUGUUUUUUUUUAGGGUUACUGCCACUUUCUUCUUCUUGACCAUUUUAAUUAGAUGAUUUUGUUCACGAACUGAUGCUUCUCAUUAUAACUUCAGUGAAGCAAUGCCACCAAACUCCCAUUUAAUCUCUGAAAUGGGUUGUUGAGUUUAUCAAGUUUCUUGUACUGGAAAAAGGAAAGAAGAAAGUCUCAAGAGUUUGUAAGGAUGAAACCGUUGAUAUAAGAAUGAUUGCAUUUAGGGUCCAAAUACAGCAGCUGAUUUGUUGCGUUAUGAGGAAGAUCAAGACAGUGCCUAUGCAUGGUUCUGUAUACCACUGUAGUUAGGUUGGAAUGUUUAUUACCAAUUGUGAGAAGGUGAUCGGGAAUCAAAAUCCUAGCUCUCUAGUGUCUUUUUUUUUCAUGUUAUUUUAUUCUUUUUGGCUUGUUUUGGGCACCAUACACGAAUUUUUCUGGAAAUCUUGAACUUCUGGCACCUCAUUGCUAUUAGCUUGGCUUGCUCAGGGGGAAUUGAAUGGAUUCAGUUAUUGCUUAUGUUUACAGUGAUAAUGUGCUAAUAAUGAAUUGCAUUAUUUUGGAGUCUGUCUA